UUGACUAACUAUGUUAUUUGGUGGGAAAAAAUUAAUGCGCGACAAUUAUUUUGAGGUUAGAAAUCGCGCGAAAAUGGCGCAGCGAACAAUAACCUCAUUUUUCGCCAAGUGUACGCCCAAGAAAGAUACAAACGAAACAUCAAAAUCUCCAGAAACAAGUUCUGCGAAGAAGAAAAAUGAUAUCGAAACUCCAAAUGGAAAAAGAAAACGUGAUGAUGAUACUUUGAGCGAUAAUCCUUCGGCAGAUUCUCCACCUGCGAAAAAAUUGGAUGGCAGUUUAACAGAGAAAAAGUCAAAAUCUUCACCGUCUCCGAGUGCUGGUCGAAAUAAAAAAUCAGGCAAAAAGGAAAAGUCUUUGGCUUCGAAUAUUGCGAAAGAAGCCGAGAAGAGAAAGAAGACACCAAAGUCAGAGACUAAGAAGGAAAAGAAAUUGAAAAAAGAGCCGGAGAAGGAAAAUGAAUCGUCACUCAAAAGUCCUGAAAAUGGAAAAUCUGAGCAUAAAAAAACACCAAAAAUUAUGCUCGCCAUUAAUGGGAAGGAGAAAAAGGAGAAAAGUGGUAAAAAAAUGAAAAGAAUUAUUAUUGCCUCUGAUUCGAGUGACGAUGAAGGUCAUCUGCCAUUGCCAGAAAGUCCAGUGAAGGAGAAAAAGGAAUCAUUGAAAGUUGAUGAAGACGAGAAAAUGGAAGAGGAAAAAUCUGAAACAACUGUAGAUAAAGAAUUGAAAACGGACGAAGAGAAAAUUUCGGAAAAAUCAGAUAAUGAUGAUGAAAUGAAAAAUGUUAUCGACGAUGAUAAAUCCAGUGGAAAAGAGGAGAAAGAAGAAACUUCUGAAACUGAGGAGAAUAAGGAAGAGAUUUCUGAAACUGAGGAAAAUAAAGAAGAUUCAUUUGUUGAAAUUGACAGAUCAUUGAAUGAUUCAAAGAAGGACGAACUUGAUGAAUCAAGCUCGGCAGAUAAAUCAGAAUCCGAGGAAAAGCCAAAAACAAUUCACAGUUUCUUUGCUCCAAGAUCAAAAAAGAGUCCCGAGACAAAAUCGAAGAAAAAGGGUAAAAAUGAAAAAAAUAAGAAAGGAAAAGGAAAGAAAGGUAAAAAGGAAGAGGAGAAAAAUGAUAAAGACGAAGAAAAUGAAGAAGAAACGGGAAGUGAGAAAAAAGAGACUUCCACUCACGAUUAUAAUCCCAGUAAAUCUUCCUAUCAUCCAAUUCUCGAUGCUUGCUGGCGACACGAGGAAAAGGUGCCUUAUAUUGCUUUAACACGAACUUUAGAACUCAUUGAAGAAACAAGUGGACGUUUAAAAAUUGUUGAAAUACUCUCAAAUUAUUUUCGUUCUGUAAUUGUUCUAAGUCCGAAUGAUCUCAUUGCCAGCGUUUAUCUUUGUUUAAAUCAAGUUGCACCUGCUUAUGAAGGACUUGAAUUGGGAAUAGCUGAUACAAAUUUAAUGAAGGCAAUUGCACAAUGCACUGGACAAACAUUGGCUCAAAUAAAAGCGAAGAUGCAGAAAGUUGGCGAUUUGGGAAUUGUUGCUGAGGGAAGUCGUUCAAAUCAACGAACAAUGUUUCAACCGGCGCCACUAUCCGUUCCCAAUGUUUACACAAAACUCAAAGAAAUUGCUCUAAUGACUGGAACAUCUUCUACAACUAAGAAAAUGGAUAAAAUCCAAGCACUAUUCGUUGCCUGCCGCUUUACAGAAGCAAGAUAUCUCGUAAGAUCUCUCGCCGGAAAAUUAAGAAUCGGUCUCGCUGAACAAUCCGUAUUACAAGCAUUAGCAUUAGCGUGCGCUAUGACACCACCGGAUCAAAGUUAUCCACCUGAAGUUUUAAAUGCAAGUAAAAAAAUAUCGAGUGACUCUUUUAAACAGAAAUACGAUGAAAUUGCACUUAUCAUUAAAACAACUUAUUGUGAAUGUCCCAAUUAUGAUAUGAUAAUUCCAGUGAUUUUGAAAGACGGUGUUAAAGCUCUUCCAGAACAAUGCAAAUUAACGCCGGGCAUUCCACUCAAACCAAUGUUGGCACAUCCAACGAAAGGUGUUCAAGAAGUUUUAACUCGUUUUGACGGAUUGAAAUUCACCUGCGAAUGGAAAUAUGACGGCGAAAGAGCUCAAAUUCAUGUGAAUGAAAAAGGAGAAGUGAGAAUUUACAGUAGAAAUCAAGAAAAUAAUACGAGUAAAUAUCCAGAUAUUAUUGGAAGAUUUCCUAAUACGCGUGGCGAGGAUGUUAAAAGUUGUAUUCUCGAUUGUGAAGCAGUCGCUUGGGAUCGUGAAAAGAAACAAAUUUUGCCAUUCCAAAUUCUUAGCACUAGAAAACGAAAGGAUGCAAACGAAGCUGAAAUUAAAGUUCAAGUUUGCGUUUUUAUGUUCGACUUAUUGUACUUUAACGAUAAACCUCUUGUUAAAGAGCCUUUCCAUAAACGUCGAGAAUUACUUUUGGAAAAUUUCAAGGAAGUUGAAGGCGAAUGGAAAUUCGCGACAAGCCUCGACACGACAACUAUGGAAGAGGUUCAAGAUUUUCUUGAAGAAUCAGUGAAAGGUAAUUGCGAAGGUUUGAUGGUGAAAACUUUGGAAAAGGACGCGACUUAUGAAAUUGCGAAGAGAUCGAGAAAUUGGUUGAAAUUAAAGAAGGAUUAUUUGGACGGAGUGGGCGACACUUUGGACGUUGUCGUAAUUGGUGGUUAUAUUGGAAAAGGAAAACGAACGGGAACUUACGGUGGUUUUCUUCUAGCGUGUUACGAUCAAGAAAACGAAGAAUAUCAAAGUAUUUGCAAAAUUGGAACCGGUUUCAGUGAAGAAGAUCUUCAAAAACAUAGCGAAUUCCUCAAGGAACAUUUAAUUUCGGAGCCAAAAUCUUAUUAUCGUUUUGAUGGUAGCCACGAGCCGGAUCAUUGGUUCGAAGCGGUGCAAGUUUGGGAAAUAAAAUGCGCUGAUUUGUCCCUGUCGCCGGUGCAUCAUGCAGCCAUGGGAAUUGCGGAUCCAGAGAAAGGUAUUUCUUUACGUUUCCCACGAUUUUGUCGUAUUCGUGACGAUAAAAAUGCAGAGGACGCGACAACCGCGCAACAAGUCGCAGAUAUGUAUAGCAAUCAAGAACAAAUUAAAAAUCAGUCAGCGUCAUCGAAACCGGCAGAAGAGGACUUUUAUUAAUAUUUCCGUUUUUUGGAUAUAAUACAAGAUUUGUAAUUAUUUUACCUAUACAGGUGCAAGUGCAACGUUAAUAAUAUUUGUGGUAAUAUAGCAAAAGAAAAUUUUUUAUCUUUUUUUUUUUGUUUAUGUUUCCAUUUUGAAUGAAUUUAUAAAUGACAAAAGAAUAUUUUUUUGUAAUUUGUAUAUGUACUGAAUUAAUAUGGACCAAGAAGAUGAAUAUGAAAGUAUUUUUCAUGUCUACUUGUAUUUUGAUAAAUUAUAUGUUUAGUAAAUAAAUCGUUUCUUUGUAAUUGAAAAA